AUGUCCUUUUUGUUGGCAUUUUUCAGCAUUCUUUCGUUUUUCACAUGGCAAGUCCAGCGUUCUUCUAGAUCCAUGUAUUCUUCUGUAGAACCUCAGCAUUCUUCUUCUUUGAUUCAUGUUCCAUCCAUGAUCCAUUCGUCGUUGCAAGCUCAGCUUUCUUCUGUAGAACCCGCUCUGUGGCAAGCUUUUCGUUCUUCUUAUGUCAGAAUUAUUCUUUUUUUUUAUGGAUCUCUCAAUGGUCCACAACUCCCAGUGUUUAUUACUUUCUUCUUGUAUGGAACUCUCAAUGGUUCAAACCUUUAUUUUUCUUCUUCUCUUUCUUCUUUGGAACUCUCAAUGAUUAUACUUUCUUCUUCUUCUAUUGAACUCUCAGUGGCUCAAUUCUUAAUAGUUCAUACCUUCUUUUUUCUUUUUUUCCUAACUUUGUAUAUUUACAAUCCAAAAAUAAAAGACUCCACUGUUACUACUGAAGCAGCCUAUAGAUAUCUUUAUAAAUCAUACUUACCUUCAGUUUUAAUAGAUAUUGAAACACCCAUGGAAGGAUUUUUAAUGGAAAUUUAUAAAGUAUAUUUUCCCCUUUCUGUUUCCAUUUUCCCUCCCUCUAAUGCCUCUCCCUCUCCCCUCUCCCCUUCUCUCUCUCUCUCUCUCAAAGAAUCAUGUUUUCUGUCUAUCUCUAAGUCUCCUACAAUCUCUCUCAUCUUCUCUUUCCCUGAAGACAUUCUAUAUACCCUCAUAUCUUUUCCCUCUUAUAUUCUUCUCUCUCUCUCUGUCUGUCUAUCUCACCUACUUUCUUCCCUCUCUCUCCACCUCAAUAAAAGAACAGAAAAUCUAUAUAAUAUAAGAUUUCGAUAA